GCCGGAGGAGCUUGGAGGCCAGGACGGGAGUUGGGGGCGGGGAGCCGGCGGGCUGGCGGGCGGGCGGAGGGGGCGGGCUCUGGAGUCGGAUCUCAGCGUGAGCAGGUGGAGCGCUGGCGGGAACCCGCCCGGCCCAGCGGAGGGAGGCAUCGGGCCCCGCUGGGGCCAUGGAGCUGCUCAGGCUGAACCGGAGCGUGCCGGGACCCGGACCCGGACCGGGGGCUUCUCUGUGCCGUCCCGGGGGCCUCCUCCUCAACAGCAGCAGUGCCAGCAACAUCAGCUGCGAGUCCCCUCGCAACCGCGGAACCUGGACCCAAGAAUUGGAGCUAGCCAUUAGAAUCACGCUUUAUGCUGUCAUCUUUCUGAUGAGCGUUGGAGGAAAUGUGCUAAUCAUCGUGGUCCUGGGACUGAGCCGACGUCUUCGGACAGUCACCAAUGCCUUCCUGCUCUCUCUGGCAGUCAGUGACCUCCUGCUGGCUGUGGCUUGCAUGCCCUUCACCCUACUGCCUAAUCUCAUGGGCACAUUCAUCUUUGGCACAGUCGUCUGCAAGGCAGUUUCCUACCUUAUGGGGGUGUCUGUGAGUGUGUCCACAUUAAGCCUCGUGGCCAUCGCCCUGGAGCGAUACAGCGCCAUCUGCAGACCGCUGCAGGCGCGUGUGUGGCAGACGCGCUCCCACGCGGCUCGUGUGAUCAUAGCCACGUGGUUGCUGUCAGGACUGCUCAUGGUGCCCUACCCAGUGUACACUACGGUACAGCCAGUGGGGGCGCGUGUCCUCCAGUGCGUGCAUCGCUGGCCCAGUGCACGCAUUCGCCAGACCUGGUCCGUGCUGUUGCUCCUGCUCUUGUUUUUUGUCCCGGGUGUGGUUAUGGCUGUGGCCUAUGGGCUAAUCUCCCGCGAGCUCUAUCUAGGGCUUCGCUUUGACAGUGAUAUUGACAGCGAGAGCCAGAGUCGGGUCCGAAGCCAAGGAGGACUGCAAGAUAGGAAAGGACCAGAUUCUGCCCACCGGAAUGGGCAUUGCCGUCUUGAGACUGGUGAGGACGGUGAUGGCUGCUACGUGCAGCUUCCGCGCUCCCGGCCCGCACUGGAGCUAUCCGCACUGACGGGGCCCUCUCCUGGCCUCCAACCGGUCCAGGCAAAGCUGCUGGCCAAGAAGCGCGUUGUGCGGAUGUUGCUGGUGAUCGUUGUGCUUUUUUUCCUAUGUUGGCUGCCAGUGUACAGUGCCAACACAUGGCGAGCUUUCGACGGCCCUGGUGCGCACCGCGCGCUCUCAGGCGCACCGAUCUCCUUCAUUCACUUGCUGAGCUAUGCUUCCGCCUGUGUCAAUCCUCUGGUCUACUGCUUCAUGCACCGCCGCUUUCGUCAGGCCUGCCUAGAAACGUGUUCACGCUGCUGGCCCCGCCCUCCACGAGCUCGCCCCAGACCACUUCCAGACGAAGACCCUCCCACCCCUUCCAUUGCUUCCCUCUCCAGGCUGAGCUACACCACCAUCAGCACACUGGGGCCCGGCUGA